AUGGACGAGACAAACGAACUUUCUGUGCUACAGGAACGGUUGAAAACUGAACAAGAACGUGUGCUCAAAUUGAAGGCUAUCGUGAUUAGAGAGAAGAAAAACGGUUCUAAUUUGAGUUCUGAAAUAGAGGUAUUGUCCACAAAAUUGAAAAAACUUGAACAAGAAAAUACAUCUCUCCGGGAGCAACUGCAAAACCAACAUCUUAGUUGGGAGAAAAACGGUGACAGUACUGAGUUGGAAGAGAAACUACGGGCAACUGAAUCUGAGCUAGAAGCUCGUGUUACCCAGCUGCAACAAAAGAACCAUGCAUUUGGUCAAUUAUCGAAUGAACUUAAUCAACUAAUGGUACAACUGGCAGAGUCAAAAGAACGAGAGAAAAACAGUCAAGUUUUAAUAAAAAAAUUAAAUUUGGACUUAUCAGUCGUUUCGGAACAGCUUUCUCAAUUUAAAGAAAAUGAACAGUUGUUUCAGGACAGAGUGGCAAACGAAGAAAAUUUAUUAGCUCAGUUAAAUAGCUUGAAAUUGGAACAUAGUACUUUAAAGAAAGACUACGAAAAACAACUGAAUGAUUUAGAACGGCUCGAAACGGAGACCCGGAAACGUUUGACAGAACAAGAGGCACACAAUAACGAACUUUCCACUAAGUUGUCUGAAGUUCACGAUCAGCUGGAUGCUCCGAUUAACUCUGCAAUUACUUCACACUCCUCAAUACAUGAGCCAACGCCAUUGAUAGAUGGAAUUCAGAUCUAUCGCACACUUCCCGAGGAUCGCUCUCAGUUGGUGAACCUAUCUGGUCUGGAUUUAUCUCUAUUUGAUGCCUAUUCUCUGGCAAAAUUGUGUCGCAACUGCCUCACGCAUUUACAACCGCUCUUUGCAACCGAGGAUUUAAAUCGUUUGGAAUUGAAGUGUUUGUUGGAUUCCUGUGCUGAGAUAAUAUCUUCAUAUGGAUCACUGAAUUCCACCGAUCGCAUAUUCAAAACGGAAGGUUCUGGUUUAAUCACAAAUGAUCCUAACGUGUACAGAGUUUUAUCAACAGUGGAUGAGCAAACUCACUUCGACUUGCCUUCUGCUCAAAAGUUUCCAACUCCACUGGUUGAGAAUAGCUCUAUGUAUGAACCUUGUGCGGUAGAUUCUUUGAAUGUAACGGAUCGAUCGACUUCCAAAGAAAUAGGCGAAUCAGAUGUUCCAGUAGACCGUACCGAUGAUGUUAUUCGCCUGCAAAUGCUGGAAGUUAAAGUUAACGAUCUUGAAAAAUAUGCAGCGGAACAAGUGGAUAGAGCCAAAUUACAAAUGAUAGAUUGGAGCCAAAAGCUGGAGCUCCAAGCUGCGGAUUAUGAUCAUUUGAUUCGUGACAAAGAAACUGAAAUCUCUGAUCUUCGGGAAACUUGCGACCGGCUAUCGGAAGAAGUUUCAAUCUAUUCGAACUUCUGUUCGUCCGUUAUGGUUCUAAUUGGAGAAUUGGACUCAUCGACUGAUGAAAAGACCGUGAACUGGUUAAGUAUUGCACAUGCACUAAGCCCUAGCGAAAAUCAAGUUUCUGGUUAUGAAUUGACAGGUCUGUUAGACGCCCUUUAUCACGAGGUUCAAAUUCGAGUCGAUUCUGUUUCGGGCACUCAGGCAACCGCGACAACUGAAUUUCCCGACAAACAUGCAUCUAACGAACGUGUUGAUUCUGGUUAUAAACUGGACGAAAUCAAAGAACACCUAAAUGCUACUGUCGUCGCACUUGAGGAGGCAAACAAGCGCGCAUCUGAUGCAGAAACUACAGUUACAGAACUACAAGACGAGUUACAGAAACGUGAUGAAAAAAUGAAUCGCAUGAAACAAUUAUUAAUCCGUCUCAAAAUGGAUGCGACGGAGCAACAGAAAACAGCUGCUAACCUGGAAGAUGUAGAAAAUGCAAAACAACGCCUCAUGGACGAAUUAGAAGACCGUACGAGAGAGUUGGAAGAGCUAGCCAACGCAAAAGAACAAACUGAUUCGGCACUGCUUCUAAGUCAGGAAGAAAUGUGUCGUCUGCGUGUCACUUUGGACAAUUUGAAAGAAGAACGCGAUUCCGCACUUAGACGUUUCAGUCAUUUGCAAUCAGAAUAUAACGCCUAUAAAGUAAAAGCUCUUCACACUCUUCGCAAUUCGCACACCGUCGAUCCGACACUUUCGAAUCUGGAUCCCGUGAACGGAAGUUCAACUCGAUCUGACGAUGCCGUUCAAAAUGAUCUGGGAUCCGGGAACGCUGACCUGGAGCAACUGAAUAAUCAACUGAUCAACGCCCAACAGCGCGUCGAGGAGGCCUCACUUCGGGCGUCUUUGGCUCGAACUGAAUGUGAUCUGGCCAAGGAGGAUUUGGCAGAAGUUAGACAAAGGUACAGUGAUUUACUGAAAGAUUUCAGAGAUCAACGUGAAAUUUGGGAAGCUAAACUCAACUCGCUGACUCGUGAACGUCAGCACGAAACCACGGAUCGAAUCAAAGAAUUGGAAGACAAACUCGUCACUUGUCAAACGGAGUAUGACGAACAGCUCCGAAAUGAACAAGCACGCCAACAGCGUAUACUACAGUGA